CUCACAAGUGCCCGUCACCAUUGAAAAAGUGAACAACGCGUAUUCAUUCAUUUUUGUCCUCAAUAUAAACAAACACUAUCGAAUUUUCUUUCUGGUUUUAUCAAUCAAAGAAGAAAAAGAGGUUCGUUGAUCAGAUUCAAAUCGAAGAUGAUGUUUGAUCAGCAACCACAUCAUCAACAAGAUAAGCGAGGUUACACAGCCGUCAAAAACGAUGGAGAAUUCGACAUCGAAUCAGGAGAAACCCUUUACCCUGGUCUUAGCCUCGGUGAAAAUCAACUCCGUUGGGGUUUCAUCCGUAAAGUUUACGGAAUUCUCUCCGCUCAGAUCCUCCUUACUACCAUCGUCUCCGUCAUAACCGUUUUCUAUACUCCUCUUAAUCUUCUUCUUAGGGGAAAUUCACCGCUUCUCUUGUUCCUCGUUUUUCUCCCAUUUAUCUUUUUGAUUCCUUUGUUGAGGUAUCAACAAAAGCAUCCUCAUAAUUAUAUAUUGCUUGGACUUUUUACCUUGUCGAUUAGCUUCACUGUUGGAGUUACCUGUGCUAACACCGAUGGAAAAAUUGUACUUGAGGCAUUGAUUUUGACAUCUGCUGUGGUUUCAUCUCUAACUGGUUAUGCCUUUUGGGCUUCUAAGAAGGGCAAGGACUUUAGCUACCUUGGUCCUCUUUUGUUUACCUGUCUCUUUACUCUUGUCCUCACCGGCAUGAUGCAGAUGUUCUUCCCUCUUGGACCAGUAUCACAUGCUAUCUAUGGUGGAGUUGGUGCUAUGAUUUUCUCUGCUUAUAUUGUCUACGACACUGACAAUCUGAUCAAGCGCUUCACUUAUGACGAAUACAUUGGGGCCUCUGUCACUCUUUAUCUUGACAUUCUAAACCUGUUCCUUUCCAUCUUGAGGAUUCUGAAGGAGGCAAACAAUUAGUCAUCCUAUGUAAAUUGAGGUUGACCAAAAAUAAGUGAAACUACUUUGUUGCAUGGCAUCUUUGUGAUGCUCUAGUAAGCAUUAUGAAGAUAUAUACAAUGCUUCUGUAGUAUUUCUUUACAGUUGACAGACAGCACUUUUGGUGAGAUGGAAAAUUUGUAGGUUUACAAUUGUAUUUAAGUGUGAUAUAAGAAUCUCAUCUGGGAUUUAUUAUUUUAACUUUGAAUUUAA